AUGGCUGCACCAGAACACACAGAAAAGUUUCUCCUGGGGCAAAAGAUGGCGGUGGAAUUUCUCGGCAAUGAUCUUGUGGAUGACUUGCGCAAGAAAGAUAAAGCUAAUAUCUUCACCAAGACUCUGAUGGAGUAUACCCUCGAGAAUACCCUGUCUAGCUAUGCCCGACCGGGGCUCACAUUUCGAGAACGGAACCUUAUAAAUAUUGCGAUUUUUAUAGCGCUUAAUCGCGAAGACGAGCUACGGAUCAAUUUACUAUCGGCGCAGCAUAAUGGUCUGUCAAAGGAUGAGAUAUGCGAGACUCUUCGUCACGCUAUGCUUUAUACUGGUAUGGCAGCCGGAAGAGAUGCUCUCCUGUUGGCAAGCGAGAUACUUGGUGAUUAA